CUUGGCUCCUUUCCUCUAGACACUCUCCAGUUGUCAGAAUUGCAAGUUUUUCAACAAAAUCUGAACGUGGUAUCCUAAGAACUGAAAUCAGCUUAAGGGCCUGCCUGCUCGGCCGUAAGCAGUGAGGGGUGGAUUUGAAUGCGUAUUGUUAUGGAGAUGCCAUUAAUGAACUUAGUGGAGACCUGUCAUAAGUCAAAAUACCUAGUGAAAUGUCAGGAACCAGGGCCAAAACCUGUGGUGUAGAAUGAGCCAAGGAGACGCAAACCCAGCAGCCAUUCCACAUGCAGCGGAGGACGUCCAAGGAGAUGACAGAUGGAUGUCUCAGCACAACAGAUUUGUCCUGGACUGCAAAGACAAAGAGCCUGAGGUGCUGUUUGUGGGGGACUCCAUGGUGCAGUUAAUGCAGCAGUACGAGAUUUGGCGAGAGCUUUUUUCCCCGCUCCAUGCCCUGAACUUUGGAAUUGGAGGAGAUACAACAAGACAUGUUUUGUGGAGGCUAAAGAAUGGAGAACUGGAGAACAUUAAACCUAAGGUCAUUGUUGUCUGGGUAGGAACAAACAACCAUGAAAACACGGCAGAAGAAGUGGCAGGUGGAAUCGAGGCCAUCGUACAACUUAUCAACACGAGGCAGCCACAGGCCAAAAUCAUCGUACUGGGUUUAUUACCUCGAGGUGAGAAGCCCAACCCUUUGAGGCAAAAAAAUGCCAAGGUGAACCAGCUCCUCAAGGUUUCCCUGCCAAAGCUUGCCAACGUUCAGCUCCUGGAUACGGAUGGGGGCUUCGUGCACUCGGACGGUGCCAUCUCCUGCCACGACAUGUUUGAUUUUCUGCAUCUCACAGGAGGGGGCUACGCAAAGAUCUGCAAACCCCUCCAUGAACUGAUCAUGCAGUUGCUGGAGGAGACACCUGAGGAGAAGCAGACCACCAUUGCCUGACUGGGCGUCAGUGUUCCAGCACCCCAGCUUCCUCAGAGCGGUUACGUCACUGGCACUGCAGAGCCCCUCUCUUUCUUAAGGCACUUCGCACUGUGGGACGUUCCCGGAUGUUCACAUCUCGUGUUUGGAAGGGAGGAGGGAUUUAAACCGGUCCUGUACAUGAGUUUGUUUGACACAGGAGAAAAAUUAGUCAAGGGAGAUUGUUUAAAUGUAUUUGAAACCAGAAGGGGACUUUUUAGUUGUACGUAUGACACAUUGAAUUAUCACUGCUUUACCUAGAACGACGUCAGCCUAAGUACUGAACAAAUGAAGAUGUUUUUCUUGGCCUUUCUCUCUACGGAUUAGGUCAUAUAUAAUAAUGAUCGGAAUCGCACCUACUUGGGUUUAAAACAUGUUUUUUUUCCAGUUUUCGAGGAUCAUAAUUUAGCCUUUAGUUUCUGUUUCCCUUUCUUCACAUGUCUUCUCAGUGUUUUAACACGUAGCAUCAGAUUGGACACGCUUGUCAUUCAGAUGCGGGAGUUCCAAGUGAGUUUGUCCCACUCAGUCUUUCCCAGGCUUAGCUGUGAAAAUAGGUUUCGCCCCAGUCGGGGACUCUGGGGGUUUUAUUUUUAUGCUGCUGAAUGUGACGUCUGUGAUGGCCCGUGCAUGCAGCCUGUGCUCCUCGGGGGCGGGCAGUCCUUGGUGGCGUUACAGGCUUGUAACCCGCUCCGGGCCUCGGAGCUCUGUCGCGGGGCGCUGAGUGCCAGCCAGUCCUCCCGUGUGUUUCUGACGCGUGGCUAGUUCCCGUGUGCAUUCUGUGCUAGAGCCUGUGUGCGCUCACAGCCGUCCUGCUUGGCUGCUCGGUUUUCCCUGAGAGCCUGUGACAGUUUCCUUUGGGGCAGGGAUCAGAACUCUUACCUUCCAUUCCAUGAGCCCUGACAUUAUCUCAAGUUUUAUAGUAUCUUAAGGUGUAUAUUUUAUUUUUUUAUUGUCUUAGUUUUAAAUUAUAUCAGUCCAGAAAAAUUUGGCCAUUUUUCAUGGGGAAACAAGUGAAACUGUUCAGAAUAGGCAUUCUACUUGAUCCCACCAUUGUAGUGAAAAGAACGAGGUUUGUUUAACUUGAAGGCUUUCUCUUUAAUGUAUCUUCAUCUGAGAUUUCUUUCAGGAGAGCUCUUAAUAAUCUGAAUGGUUUGUUGGAGCUACAAGAACUGCCAUUUUUAAAGUAAUGGGACAAUAGAUGUUUUAUAUUGUUCAGUAUACCUAUGAAAUGUGUACAAACUGGACCUACACACAUAUUUCAAACUGGACCAGGUAGAUAUUGAAGUAGCCCAUCCAGAUGUACUCUGCAGAAAUCUCGCUUAACGUUCAAGUUCAGGAACUAAGGCACAUGUUUCGUAUUCUGCUUGCCAGGCAAACAGCAGUGCUUCUGUGGCCGGAGGGGUUGCCGAUUUGCGCCGAGAGCCGGUUCUGGUUGUGAGGAUUAGCGCUUGGGCUGCUUUGUUUUUUCUUGUCAAGCCUCUUUCUAGGAAUUUUAUUGUUUUGUUUUUGUCUUUAAAAAAAAACAUACUUUUCUGAAUGUAUC